GUGUUGGAAGCAAGGGUGGUAGUAGUCGUCUCUGGAAAGUGAAAAGAAGUCAUUGGCCCAAGAGAAGUAUCCAAGACAUGGAGUAUGAAAGAAGAGGUGGCCGUGGAGACAGGACUGGCCGAUACCGUGCCUCCGACUGCUCCCAAGAUGAGGGAGUAGAGAGCCGAAGUCUGAGAGACCAUGAUUAUCGAGAUAUGGAUUACCGUUCCUACCCCCGCGACUUCAACAGCCAGUUAUUCAAACAUGACUAUGACUCAUCUGAGGAGCAGAGUGCUGAAGACUCUUAUGAGGCAUCUUUAACUUCUGAAACACAGCGUAAGUGGGAUAGCUCUAUUGAGCCACUAGGUUUCCCUGGAGAUGGUAACUACCGGGAUCAGGAUUAUCGGACAGAGCAAGGAGAGGAGGAGGAAAAGGCCAGUAACAUCAUCAUGCUGAGGAUGCUGCCACAGGCAGCUACUGAAAAUGAUAUCCGAAUACAGCUUCAGACUCGUGGGAUCCAAGCUCGGGAAGUGCGACUAAUGCGAAACAAAUCAUCUGGUCAGAGCCGGGGCUUCGCCUUUGUUGAAUUUAAUCAUUUGCACGACGCUACAAGAUGGAUGGAAGCCAAUCAGCAUUUCCUCAACAUACUGGGUCAGAAGGUUUCCAUGCACUACAGUGAUCCUAAGCCUAAAAUUAAUGAGGAUUGGCUUUGCAACAAGUGUGGUGUCCAGAACUUCAAACGCCGAGAAAAGUGUUUCAAAUGUGGUGUGCCCAAAUUAGAGGCUGAACAGAAGCUAGCAUUAGGCAUCCAGCUGGACCAACAGGCAAUGCCUUUGAGUGGCCGAGAGCUGAGCCAAGGCCUGCUGCCUCUACCCCAAUCAUACCAGACACAAAGUAUACUUGCUUCUCAGGUUCUGGCUCAGGGCUCUGAGCCCAGUUCUGAGAAUGCUAAUGACACCAUUAUUCUACGCAAUCUGAAUCCACACAGCACCAUGGACUCAAUUCUAGGGGCUCUAGCACCCUAUGCUGUUCUGUCUUCUUCCAAUGUCCGUGUCAUCAAAGAUAAACAGACACAGCUGAAUCGAGGCUUUGCCUUCAUCCAGCUAUCUACCAUCGUGGAAGCUGCUCAGCUUCUUCAGAUUCUCCAGGCUCUUCAUCCUCCUCUCACCAUUGAUGGCAAGACAAUUAAUGUGGAAUUUGCUAAAGGUUCGAAAAGGGAUGUGUCUUCCAGUGAUGGGAACCGUAUCAUUGCUACUUCUGUAGCUAGUACAGCAAUUGCAGCUGCCCAGUGGGCCAUUUCACAGACAUCCCACGGUGGAGAGGGAAACUGGAUGACUUCAGAGGAGCCAGUAGCCGACUAUAGCUACUAUCAGCAUGAUGAAAGCUAUUGUGGACCAAGAAGUGAAGCCACUUUGUAUGGCCAUAGCAGCUAUAUUAAAAGUGCCAAGACUGUAGGUAUGGCUGCCAGCAAAGGGGACCUGACAGGAAUGGGCUCUGAGACUUCCCUGGAGCCUGGCAUAACUGGUGUAGAUUCCAUGCCACUCAUACACUCUUUCCACCAUGUCCAACCUACUGUCUAUCAGCAGUCAGGUACUGAGGUUGGCAGUACCCAGAAUACAGUAAACAUUAGCCAGGCCCAGUCAUACACAAUUGUGUCUCCUGCUAUUUUGAAGGCAGAGCUUCUGAGCUCAGCUCCAAUUAAUUCUGCAUCAUCAGCUACUGCCAGUCCCUCUGUUCAGGAUUCCUAUGGCCAAUACCCUGUCCCUGAUGUUUCUACCUACCAAUAUGAUGAGACUUCAGGCUACUAUUAUGAUCCUCAGACUGGACUCUACUAUGAUGCCAACUCUCAGUAUUAUUAUAAUGCUCAAUCUCAGCAUUAUCUAUACUGGGAUGGAGAAAGGCGCACCUAUGUACCUGCUCUAGAGCAAGUAGCUGAUGGGCACAAAGAUACAGGGAUCAGUUUGAAAGAAACUAAGGAGAAGAAGGAGAAGCACAAGACCAAGACAGCACAACAGAUUGCAAAGGAUAUGGAACGCUGGGCCCGCAGCCUCAACAAGCAGAAGGAAAACUUCAAAAAUAGCUUCCAGCCUGUGAGUGCCCUACGGGAGGAUGAGCGGCGUGAAUCCGCUACUGCUGAUGCUGGUUAUGCUAUCCUUGAGAAGAAGGGUACACUUGCUGAGAGACAGCAUGCCACUGUGGAGCUCCCAAAACUUACCAGUGAUGAGCGCCUGAGUCCACCCCGGGGACUAGUGGCUGCAUAUAGUGGAGAAAGCGACAGUGAGGAGGAGAUUGAGAGGAGUACUGAAAGGGAGGAGAGGCUCACAGACUGGCAGAAGCUAGCUUGCCUUCUUUGCCGACGCCAAUUCCCUAGUAAGGAGGCUCUGAUUCGCCACCAGCAACUUUCUGGAUUACACAAGCAAAACUUAGAGAUUCAUCGGCGUGCCCACCUGUCUGAAAAUGAACUAGAGGCACUGGAGAAGAAUGAUAUGGAGAUGAAAUAUCGGGACCGAGCAGCAGAACGUCGUGAAAAGUAUGGCAUUCCUGAGCCUCCAGAACCCAAAAAGAAGAAAUUUGGAACCAUGGUUGCCACUUCUUUGGGCCUUGAACAAUCAGCUCAAGAUGGGCUGAGUAGCAACAGUAUUGGUAGUCGCAUGCUGCAAGCCAUGGGAUGGAAAGAAGGUAGUGGAUUAGGCCGUAAGAAACAGGGCAUCAUCACCCCCAUUGAGGCCCAGACAAGGGUUAGGGGCUCUGGCCUUGGCUCUCGGGGCAGCUCUUACAGCAUCACUUCAUCUGAGUCAUACAAGGGAACUCUGCACAAGACCAUGCUGACCCGCUUCAGUGAGGCUGAGUGAGCCCCACCUGGCACCUCCCCACCCCCUUGUUCUCUUUUGGGACAAUCAUCUUGGUUUGGGGAGUAAAUGGUGGAAAAUCACAAA